AUGGAGCACCCUCAGGUGUAUACACCUGAACCCCGAAAGUUUGCCUGCGGGAAGAUUGGCCAGUACCGAGGGAGGAAAAGCGGCUCGUUCAAAGGGAAGGGGAUGGAAAAAUGGCACAGAGCUGUAUCUACCAACUUAGCUAAACAAAAUGUGUUGGUCCCCAAAAAGGAACCAUUGAAUGAAAGUGACUCGAGGUUUCAUGGAAACCGAAACAACCAGAAAAGAAACCUGAUGAAGAAAAUGAAGAGUGCUUUCGGGAAAAUGCUGUCCUGCAAGUGUGGAAGCCAGUCAGGCAAUGUCGGCAAGGAGAGCUCCACAGAGCAGGAAGAAGCUGCCCUCUCCAACACACAGGGCCUCCUGCCUAGGCUUGUCAAGGAGCUUCCAUCUCCCAGGUUAUUUGCAAAGCCAAGGAUGAGAAAGCUCUCACAGAAUGCAACUAUACAGCUUGAUGUGGUAGAAGCAGAGACAGAAGAGAUAACUGGAGGAGAUGGGCUCCUUCGAGCCAAGAGAACCACCAGGCGAUUAUCUGUGACGUCACUUCCUUCUGGGCUGCAGAAGGCACCAUAUUCAUCAAAAAAGAGACCACACUUUCCAGCACUUAAAAAGAAGAAACAGAGCAUGGAAGACAUCCUCCGGAAAUCAGAGCUGACAGUAGGAAAGCUUCAAACGCAGGUGGAUGACCUCAUAGAAAGAGUUACUGACAAAUCCAUGAAGCUUUUGGCCCAGAGACACGCUGAGCUUCAGCAGUGUGAGUUCCUAGGGGCUGAGAUCCUUCAGUCUUCGAAGCAGUUCCAAAGGCUUUCCAAGAGAACCAAGAGGAAGUAUAAGCUGCGGAGUGGUUGCUUCCCAUGUGCCUGCUGCUGCUUCUGAGUUCCUAGUCCGCAGCCCAGCAGCAAAGAGAGACUGUGCCUCAAACAAAAUGAAAGGCAAGCAGCAACAGCUGUCACUACCAUCGGAAGCUAACAACAUGCUACAGCAGUUGCACUCCCUCAUACACAUACGUAUAAACACACGUACCAUGUAUACACG